AUGGCUAUCCUAACAGAGUAUGGUAAUGAGUACGAGGUUCAGAUCGUCAACGCUGUGACAGGUCAGUCCUUCAAAGAGUAUGUCAUGCUAGGAGAUCGAAAGAUACAUGGCGACAGGGAAGCUGAGCGUUACACUACCGCGUAUCCUGGAAUAAUGUUCAAGAUUCAGAUCACUUUGAAGACUAGUUUUCAGUUCAAGCCCUUUGAUGCAGUUGAGGCAAACCUUUACUUCAAGGGGCAGAAUACUUACUGCAGUCUAGCAGUUCUCAAUGACCCAAACCCAGAUCAUUCAUGCACCAAACAAGAUCUGAGGAUGGAAAUCGCUUGUGUAAACAUGAGUAACUGCGGCAAAAAUGUCAUCGGCGCUCCAUUUGUAUUCAAGGAACUCAAGAUAGAUGAAAAGCUGUUGGGUCAGACUGACAUAGUCGGCGCCAAUCCUAUCGAUCUCGGAAGCUUUUUCGUCAUACUUAAUCGUCGAAAAAUUGCCUCAACGCUAAACAAUUACCUUCCGAGAGAUACCACCACAGGCUUGUGGAAUGCCGAGAAGGUGGACAAGUCGAGUUUCAAGGAACAAGGAUCACGAACUCUAUUGGGCUUUCUCAAUCGUUCAGACGUUGUUCCUUAUCCGCUUCCCCUCUAUCACAAUUCUUGGAAGUCUCUUACUAACAUGGGGCGUCGGUACGCCUUGAAAGGACUACGGAAUCUUUGCAGAUCGCGUAGAGAGUUGUCACCCAACUUCACACUCAAGCAUCGUGAGUCUGAAGAAUGGCGUUCUUGGAAUGAUAUGCAACCAUCAGAGAGAGAAACGGUGUUUUUGAAAUUUCAGAAUGAACAGAAGGAAUUCGAAAGAGGAGUGGUCAGAGAGCACUUCUCUGCUUCUCCUGCUAACAGAUCGAUCAUUCUAAAUUAUGAUGGCACUGCCCAGCGAUCUGCCCAUCCUCAAGAAUUGGCAAAAAUCAAACGCGUAGCUCAAGGUCCACCGAACACGAUCAAGAAGGAGAUAAAACCCUCAAACGAAGUUUCCACACGAAAUUCCAAGUCCAAGACGAUCCAGAAGCAUAAGAUGAAUAAGGUGUAUUCUGAUUUGGCUUGUGUAGAUCUGCCCUAUGAAGAGCCGUUGGCGAAGAGACGAAAGAUCACGCAGAAGCCAAUUGGCGCGGAUACAAUUGACAAUUCUAAGAUCAGACAAGAACCAAUAGGUUUUGAUACUCUCGACGAGAAGGCUACAGUCCUCAAGAAGGAGGCAACAACAAAAUAUGAUUUGACGGAGCUCAUAGAUGCUGUGGCCCUCCUGGAACCAUCAACACCAAGUACGAACCCCGAGGACUCAGUUUAUUGGGAGAUGGCGGCAGAAGUAUUGCGACAAACUGCCGAUGAAUUCGUGCGAAUUAGAGGAUAG